ACAAAUUGCACCAAAGUGAAGUGGUUCAAAGCACUCAAGCAGGGUAGUCGUGGAGAGGAGGAGAAUGAAAUUGAGUUUGGCUCCCAAGAGUUGAACCAGGUUGAUGACUUGGACAAUUCUUGGGAGCCAUCCCAAGAUGGAAUUGUUGGAGAACUCAGAAUAUUAGCAGAAGUGAAUGUUUUAUGUACAUCAUCAGAGCAAGGGGUGCAAUGGGUGCCAUUAAUUGAUAGUCUUAUUCCAAUUUUUGCAACUAAUACACAGGAUCUUUCAAGUGGCUGUUCUAUCAUUCAUCUCUGCGCUGACGGUGGAGAAAAAACUGCAUUGGAUCUACAGAUCUCUCUGUCUGAAAGCAAGUUAAAGAAAUGUUCAGAAUGCUUCGUCAGAUGGAAAGAUGUGCAAAGCGGAAAAGUUUGGGGACUGAAUUUCUUGUCAGAACAGGAAGCGCUUGAGUUUAUUUCAUUUUGUGAAGAUUCGCAUUGUAACGUUUCCUCAGGAGCCAGUAGCCAAUCAUUGAACAGAAAAUCCACGAGUUCAUUGAAUUCGUCUUUAAAUCAGCGAGAAUUUCCUUGUAGAACCUCAGCACAACAGUUUCCGAGGCUAACACGCGAUCCCAACAACAUGCCUCAGGGCGAGGCAAUCCUCAAUAAUAACCGAAGAAAAAGAUUUCCAGGAAAAACAGAGGGUACGGACAGUGGAGUGGGUGAAGAUGAGGUCCAAGAAGCUGAUUUCAAUUUCACGGAAUUUAACUAUUAUCGUGAAAUGGAGAUAUUUCAUAGCGCUGUUAAUGAAAAAUAUUUAUCUAACAACAAGCCUGGGCUAGCGGUUGACAAUGCACACAGAACCAGCGAUACCAUUUCUGGUGGUCUAAGAAGAUCUGGAUGGCUCUCCAUGAAGCAUAUUUUGAUCUGUGGUCGAAACGGGAGGGUGGAACAGGCCAGUCAUAGGAAAUGGAAGAAUUACUGGGUGAUCUUAAAAGAUGAUGAAUUGAAUCUUUAUCAAUGCGAUGAAAAAGAAGUGGGUUCUCUUGAUAUGAACUCUCCUAGUGUUGUGGUGAAGAUUGAUGGUUGUCUCGCUCAAGCCAUUCCUGAACAUGUAAAAUUGGAGAAUGUUUUUGGUCUUAGCACUAAACAUGGCGAUGCAUUUUACUUCCAGGGCUCGAGUCAAUCAGAAGUCGAAGGAUGGAUUUCAAGUAUUCAUUCGGCAUCUGCAGCGAAGUUUGCCGGCGGUAAAGAACAGACCAAACGCUUUCUAACUUCCAAGUUACAACAGAUCCAAGAAAACAUUGACUCGGAUUGCAAGCUAAAGAAAAUGGCUGAGUUACAGUUGAGUGUUGUUCAAGAUAGCAAAAGCAAGCAAGUUAUCACGGAACAGAUUUCUAAAUGGGAACAAAACUUUGAGAAACUGAGUUUAGAUUACUACAAACUCCAGUGUUAUUUAUCAGCGAUAUCAGGCAGUUCUCCACCAAAUCCUCAACACGUUUUAGGCUCUGCUUUGAAAACGACAAAGCAGAACAUGUCUCGUCUCGGAGUCUUCUCUGUCACUUCAUUCCAUUCGUUGAUCUGCUGUCGUGAAACUGGCGGUGGCACUGGUGCGCUUUUGGGGACUGGAGCGAAAGUAAAACGUUCAAAAAGCGCUGCAGGAUACGGUCGAUUGAAAUCUGCUCUGAUGUCAUCUCUGAAGAUCACGGACAACUCCGCAGCGACAAAACUGCGAGAACAACAUUCACCAAAGCUCACAAGAAAGGAUGGAGAAGAUGAUACAAUUACAAGAGAUGAUAUGACAAUCAUCUCUGAUAUGUCUGACUGGAAACAAAUGGGGAAUUUCCUACGCGUCGAAUUGCCAGGAAUUGGUAGCACCGUUGUUUCAAUGAAAGAGGAUAUGACCUUCCAAGAUGUUGUUUUAGCAGUGACUAAUAAAAGACAGUUGGAUCCUGAGAUGUAUUUUAUCAUGUUUGGUGUCGCCAAGAAAUCCCAAAUUGAGUAUUAUACACCUCAAGAACAAGCAUUUAUAGAGGACCAGAAUUUCGGUGUUCUGAAAAUGUGUAAGAAGAGUGAAUAUACCGUGCAGUUAACAAAAACAAGCGAAGAUUAUGAUAUCAAUUUUGGUUUGUCUCUCAAGAUUGAGAAUGAUCGUAUGAUUGUUAGUCGAGUUUUGGACGGCAGUUCUGGCCAUUUGAGCGGUAUACUUGAAGGUGAUGAAAUUCUAUCAGUGAAUAACAUUGAAGUUGAACAAGCUGAGGAUGACAUAAUAGACUUGCAGAAUGCGUUAGCGGAGCCGUUUAUAAGUUUAAGACUACGAUCUUUGAGAGAAGAGGUUCCUGAGCAGAUACGAAAGACAACUGAGAGCAUUAUCAGCACCCUGGUUUGUCCUCCACCACCAAGAACAAGUUCUUCAGAGUUCCUCGAUUUGACUGAACUAAUCGUUCCUCCGCCAGAAUUAGAUAAUAUUAGCAUGAAAGAAGCUCCAUCUCGGAAUUCCUGCAUAGUUGAGGACGACGGAGACUCGGUGAAUGUUUUACUAGAGAGCGCCGAAGAGGUGACAACAUUCUGUCGUCAGCAUGAUUUCCUUCGGGAGAUUGAAAAGCACACGGAGCUUUCCGAUGCCGAGAAACUCCGAAGAAUCAUUUCAGAACUUGUCGACACUGAGAAAAGCUACCUGAAGGAUGUGCAGACGUUGUUGAAAAGAUACUUGGAACCUUUGAGACACGAGAAAUUUCUACCAUCUGAGGAGGUCAAUUCUCUGGCGGAAAACGUAUCUCAAAUUCUCGAAUUUCAGAGUCGAUUUUGUUGUGAGAUACAGGAGUUGAUCGACUGCGAAGAAGACUUUAAAAAUAUCAACGAAGUUCAUCUAUUCCAGAAUGUAAUAUACGGAAUUGGAGAGGCAUUUCUACAAUAUGCAGACAAGUUUAAAUUGUACAGUUCAUUUUGUCUUACUCAUUCAAGAAUCAUUCAUAUGCUUCAUCCAGGAUCAAAUAAUGCAUUGGAAGAGUUCUUAAACGCAAGAAAUCCUAAACAACAACAUUCAAGCAAACUGGAGUCAUAUUUAAUCAAACCAAUCCAGCGAGUUUUGAAGUAUCCUUUGCUGUUGAAUGGCAUGUCAAAGUUGUUGGCGAAAGACAGCGAUGAAUAUAAUUGUCUUAACGAAGCGAUAAGUGCAUUGGAAAACGUCGCAGAACAUAUCAACGAGAUGCAGAAUAUAACGGAGAAAUUCCUUCCAAUUUUCCAAGAAUUGGCGGCCUCCAAUGGUCUCAAUGUGUCAGACGUUGAUGUUGAUAAGCUUGUCAUUCAUAAGAAGGUCACGUGGUUGAACUCACCAGAGACAAUAAAAGCCAGCAGUCUACGAUGGAGUCCAGUUCCCUUACGGAAGAUGAAAAAUGAAACAAGUGUGCGAUGCUUCGUGUUUCCCAAAGCAGUCAUUUUGAUUCAACUGGAAAAACGACAAAAGAAGAGAGAUAAGUCUUCAAAAAAUUCAUUGAAAGUUCACGAGGAAGUUAAUUUCAAAACAUUGAUUCCAAUAUCUUCCCUUACUCUACGGGAUAACUCUUGGUGUGACAAAGAUCUUUUCUGCGCUUGGGAAUUGGUUGAUGUGUCCAGCCCAAAUGGAACGAAUGGACAACAAGAGACGCUGUAUCUGUUGUCAAGCAAGAAUUCGGAUGAGCGAAACGAAACAGUCCGUGCGAUUAAGGAUGCCGUACGACGCAGUAUGUUGGAGGAUUCAAACUACUUAUCCCGUCGUAAACCAUCCAUAGCAAGCAUUCUAUCAACCAAUUCUAUUCAUCUUGGUUUUCCCAAUGAUCCAGCGUAUCUUCGCAGUAGAUCUUUCAGUGAGUCGAGGCGAGCGAAAAGCAAGAGUCUUGGACGCCAGUACUCUAUAAGCGAAGUUGAAAUGUUUGGUGGAGAAAAAAGGUGAUAUUUUGAAAUGUAUACCUAGAUCUAUAGGUAUAGAUUUCAUCAUUGCUACAGAGCAGAGUUUUGCGUCUUACGUGAUGGAACUUGAGACAGCUGAUUCAACCAUAGCAUGGCUGCAUAGUCUGGUCUCUGGAGGGUUUUUCAAGUGGCAAAAUGAGCAAAUAACUUUUUUAAAGUAGAAAAGAUUCUUGCUGUUUUAGUUGUAUUAGAAAGAUACCUGAAUUGUAAGAUAUUUUUACGUAGUUCCCCCUACCAUAUUAUAAGAAUCUACCAAUCACCUGGCACACUAUUCAUGCCACGUUUUUUGAAAAAACGUUUAAACCUAUGGUAGAUUCUCCAAUGGUAUCUAUUCUGUGUAUACUGUAUAUCAAAUCAUACCAUAUCAUAUACCAUUAUAAUAACCUGCAAUUCAAACAUCACCAUAUAUAUACAAUCCAUAACCAUUUUGAUUGUAUGACAUACAUACCCUGUAAAAAGCACAGUGCAUAUGCAAUACCAUAGACCACCUCCAAUUAGAACUACAGUAGCUAAUAUGCAUACAAACACACAGAGCAUUAAUGUGAAUAGUAAAUAUAUAUUAUUCUAAACAAACUAUAUCUAUAUAUUAAUAUAUAUAACAGGCAUUGUAAACAAU